AUGGGGUUCAAGGUUAUAGUUGUCGGCGCCGGACCGGUCGGUCUGGUUCUGGCACACGCGCUACAAGCCUCUGGUAUCGACUACGUGCUUAUUGAGCAGAGGCGACAAGUUCCCCCUGAACCGGCUUACGGCGUGUUCGUAUGGCCUCAGAUUAUGCGCAUCUUUCACCAGCUCGGUCUUCUUGAUGUAAUCUCAGCCGUCAGCCAAUCUAUGAUGAGGGCUAUCCACAGAUCAACAGAUGGCACGGUUCUUCUUGAGGAGGAAGGUUUCCAGAAUCUUGAAGUCAUGUUCGGGUAUCCCAUGUCGCUGUUCAGCCGCUUGGACUUUGCUUUGACAUUAUUGAACGCCCUUGAUAACAAAGAGGAACGCGUCAAAACAAACAAGCGACUCAGCAAAAUAACACAAGAUAAAAAAGGCGUCAAAGUCGAGUUUGCUGAUGGUACUGUCGAAGAAGGAUCAAUCAUCGUCGGCGCCGAUGGUGUCUGGAGUAGUGUCCGAGACCAAAUGGUAGCCCAAGCACCAAAGGGCCUCUUCGAUGAUAGCGUGAACCCCUUCGAGGCAACUCACGCCGGUGUUUUUGCCAAAGCAGCUCUCGACCCACGACUUAAGCCGGGCAGCAACAUCAACGUCUACCAAAAAGAUUCUCACGUGCAAGUCUUCACCAACACAAACGAGGCUAUGAUCAUCGUCUAUCACCGCAUUCCGGCUGAGAGAAAGAGGACAUACUUUGGACAGAAUGACGCUGAAGAUGCGGCCAAGCCUUGGUUGGAUGUCUAUGUCGCUGAUGGCUUGACCUUUGGAGAUCUCUGGAGGAAGAAGACUGCUGGUGGGACAGCAAAUUAUGACGAGGGUGUGCUGCCGUUCUGGCACUGGGGAAGAAUGGUGUUGGUAGGAGAUGCGGCUCACAAGAUGAACCCCAUCAGAGGAGCAGGAGCAUGCUGCGGUAUUGAAGACUCCAUCGCAUUAGUAAACUCUUUGAAACGUGUCCUGCGCUCUAACCCAGACCCAACGUUCUUUGAACUUGGCCAAGCAUUCAUGACCUACCAGCACGAGCGUGAACCAGCCGCGAAAAUGUGGAUGGAGGUUUCGCGAAUGAACCUUGAGUUGUGUAUUGGACCUCACCAGCCGGCGCUGAAGACAGCGAGUAUCGCUGAUUCAAAGGUCCUGCCUUUGGUUGCAGAUGCGCCCAUAUUAAAUGACUUGCCGUUCCUCGAAGAAAUGGGUGGGUUUAUUCCCUGGACGAGGAAGACGAAGGGGAAGAAGAGAGAUGAAGAGGCCAAGGCAAAGCUAUGA